AUGAGGGAGAAGGUCAUGACCUCAACCUCAGGCGAGGAUGUCAUGGGCGUCGUGGACGAUUUGAUGCGGCAUUUUGGGACUAAGGAGGGGUAUGACCUUUUCCCUGAUGUCCUGCCUGCAUUACAAGCACUCAAAUCGCUACCUAAUCCGCCCCAUCUCGCCCUCGUGAGCAAUACCGACUCGCGAAUGCACACCGUGCUCUCCUCCCUCGGGGUUGCGCAUUUCCUCGAGCCUGCGAUCCUCAGCUCCGAAGUGGGGUUCGAGAAGCCCGACCAGAGGGUGUGGGAGGAGGCUGUCCGAAGGACCGGGUUGGAAGGACUGGAUUGGGAGGGGAGAGGAGGGGUGCUGCAUGUUGGGGAUGAGCUGGCUGCGGAUUACUGGGGUGCUAAGAAAGCUGGACUGGAAGCGCUGCUUGUCCGACGGCAUGGUGAGUAUAGCGAUGGGUCUAGGAGGGAAGCUACAGAGGAUCUGGACGGCGUAGACGUCGUUCCCGACUUUGGCGGAGUUGUGGACUAUGUGAGAAAGCGCAAUAACCCGUAG